CAAAGCGUGCGAAAGGACCGUGGAGGCCUAGGGGUGAGAGGGCAGCCAGGGUUAGAGAUUUGGAGGAGGGAGGGGGCCCGGAGAACGCACGUGUCCGCAUCCCUUUCUUGCUGCUCUUUAUCCCUUUAUCCUUAGGGGUUGAUAGCUGUGGGGACAGCCCGGGGCCCGGUGUAUGGCCACGGAGUUGCAGCGUCCGGACUCCAUGCCCUGUCACAACCGGCAAGUAAACUCUACUUCUACCCCAAGUCCCGAGCGUCUGCGAGCAGACGACCAGAUCCUGGAUCAUGCAGAAGAAAAUAACGCUGCUAUGGCUAAGCUGACUCUCCUCCCCGGGCACGCCCAUUCUAGCGUGCUCUCGGAGCGGGACUCUCAGGCCUGCUGUGGCACUAAUCUUCACUCUGACAACCACAGUGAUAGUAGUGACAGUGGCAACUACGAGGCACCUGUCGGCGACUCCCUCCUAGGGGACUGUGAACUCUCCCGACAGAUCGGGGCACAGCUUAAGCUGUUGCCUAUGAAUGAUCAGAUCCGGGAGCUGCAGACUAUCAUCCGGGACAAGACAGCCAGUAGAGGGGACUUCAUGUUUUCUGCGGAUCGUUUGAUCAGACUUGUCGUAGAAGAGGGGCUGAAUCAGCUGCCAUAUAAAGAAUGCAUGGUGACCACGCCGACAGGGCACAAGUAUGAAGGAGUGAAAUUUGAGAAAGGAAAUUGUGGGGUCAGCAUAAUGAGAAGCGGUGAGGCAAUGGAACAAGGUUUACGAGACUGCUGUCGAUCCAUACGAAUUGGGAAGAUCCUGAUUCAGAGUGAUGAGGAGACACAAAGGGCCAAAGUAUAUUAUGCCAAAUUCCCCCCAGACAUCUAUCGCAGAAAAGUCCUUCUGAUGUAUCCAAUUCUCAGUACCGGAAAUACUGUAAUUGAAGCUGUAAAAGUUCUUAUAGAACAUGGAGUUCAACCCAGUGUUAUUAUCCUACUCAGUCUUUUCUCCACUCCUCAUGGUGCCAAAUCAAUCAUUCAAGAAUUUCCAGAGAUCACAAUUCUAACUACUGAAGUUCAUCCUGUUGCACCUACACAUUUUGGACAGAAAUACUUUGGAACAGACUAAGUUAUUAAAGAAGAUGAAAUACUUUGCAUAAUAUUAUGGUUGUAAAUAGAUUUCAUAUUUGUUUUUACUAAUUUGUUUGAGAAAUAAUGGAGAAAAUACAUUAGGAAUGCCUUUUAACAUUGGAAGUAGGCGUGGCAAUAGGAAUUUUGGAAAUUUAUUUGUUUGAUUUCGUCAUUUCCUCACAUGUGGUACCAAAUUUGACAAUGAAGCACACCCAGAGUGCUUAGAAAGACGGAAAUUCUAAUUGUCUGGUCCUGGAAGUCACUGAACCCUCACCCAGUGCAUGGAAACUUUUGAACUUGACCCUCUUGCUUUGGGGGUUGCUUGCAGCUGCAGAGAAUCCCAAACGAGAGUUAGUUCUUUGGCACACUGCAGUUUACAUUUUCUUUACUGUGCUUUUAUUUCUAGGGUGGUUUUCUGUAUGUGGCUGUUGUCAGCCUCUAUACUCUGUAUUUCCUUGUACUAUGUACACAGGUCCUUUGGAGAAGGGAGAACAAGAAUAUAUCCUGGAAUUUUAUAUUGCCAUUACUGUUCUUGCUUAAGUUUCAGACCCAGGAUGUCUGGUUAACUCUUCAGCUAAACUGCUGUGUUCCUUAUGGCUCAUUUCCCAAACUGGGUAUUGAGGGAAGGUGCUUGCCAAGCUGUAAUCCAGUGAAAAAGAUGGCAGGCCUUUUUCAGUAUCUGGAUCUGUGACAUGGAUCUACAGAGACUGAUGCCUGAUACCGACAAGAGACAAUUCCUCCACAAAGGAAUUGGGUAUUUUUUCUAAGGUGUGCAGAACAGUGGAGGCUUUGCUGCAUUUCGUGGCUGAUAAGUAAAUCAACACGGUUCUCUUUUAAUUUAGUUGUUUCUACUAGUUGCCUUUGGUUUGGAACUUCGUUAUUUUGCAUGUUUUACACUAUAGCUAUAUUAAAGUAGAGAAAAACCAGUGUUCUUUCAAAAUAUGUAAGGUUUAUGUGUGCUCAUAUUUAAGCUUCUGAAAGGGAGAGAAAUAAUCUUAGACUUAAUCUUUGCGCCUUUGAAAUGUGCUUAUAAAACCCUGAUCCCACUUUAUAUUGAUAUUAAAACUUUGAAAUGUGGUGGCUGGAUGAUUACUUGAUUAAUUACAUUCUCAUGGCCCCCCACGCAGCUGCUGAGUUCUUAGAAAGAACGAAAGCUGUAAAGAUCAGUGAGGGUUAGGGGAGGAAAGCACCCUUGAGUAGAGUGACUGGAUUUUACUCUGAUUCUAGACUACUAGGGUUCACUGUUGUUUGUUUGGGACAGGGUUUCUCUGUGUAAGAGCUCUGACUCUCCUGGAACUUGCUCUGUGGACCAGGCUGGCCUUGAAUUUACAGAGAUCCACCUGUCCCUGACUCCAAAGUGCUGGGAUUAAAGGUGUGCACCACCAUGCUCAGCUACUUUAGUUUUGAAGACUAUCAUGUACUAAAAUUAAAAUUCAUCUAACAGUUCUUCCAUGGCAGAAUUCUGCCUUCAAGUUCUUACUGAUUUUUUUUUAAAGAUUGGGUCUCAUCGGAUAGCCCUGGCUGGCCUGGGAUUUGAUAUGUAGAUCAGGCUGGCCUGGAACUCACAGAGAUACUCCUGCCUCUUGAGUGAUGGGAUUAAAGGUGUUCACCACCUUGCCCAGAUGAAAGUUUUAUUUACAUUUGUUGAUUAGGUGUCCCAGGAAUGUAACAAAUUCAGAUAAACUAGAUCUGUUGAUGUUGUUUUAUUGCAUUGAAUCAGUUGGAAAGAUGAUGCUCAUUUAUCUGGGUGUGGUAGUGCAUUCCUGUAACCCAACAUUGAGGAGGUUGAGGUAGGAGGAUUUUGAGUUUGAGGGUAUCUUAAGUAACUGAGCUAGAUUUUAUCUCAAAAAUUUUUUUUGCCUGACAACCUAAGAAUUGUUGCAACUGAAUUGAAUUGAUGCUUCUUUGGACUGCAGUAUUUUGUUUGAAGUACUUUCCAGAACAUGAGAUAAUUUCAUGUUCAACUGUGGGCAUAAAACCAUAUUUCAAGAAAAUUCUUUUUGUUUUGAAACAUGAUCUUCUGUAUCCCAGGCUAGCUUUGAACUUUCUGUGUAGUCAACUCUGACCUUGAUUCACUGCCUCGACUGAGUUCUGGGAUGAAGGGCUUACAACCAGCAUGCCCAUCUUAAACAGGUUCUUGUUAUAUCAUUAACCACUUAGAUCCAAAUGUCUGUUGCUUUUCAGCAAUGAACAUGAUUAAAAGCUAACUACAUUUGAUUCCCACAUGGAAAGCCUAGUAUAAACAGUAGGAAUUAUUCAAUAAGAUCAUAUUCCCCACUGAUGCUUGUACUCUACACUCCUGCAGAUAAAACUCUGCUCUCUGAAUUUUGGAAUGUUUUAUCAAACAAAUUCUUACUUGCAGGGUUAAUCACUUGCAGGACUCUAUUUUCUAAAGUCAACAUAAGAUUAACAGACUACUGAAAGUAAGAUUGACUUUAGUGACAUGAACUUCAGAGCAAUAUAAAUUGUGUAGGUUCUUUAUUGAAGAAUAAAGGCUAAAGCAAAAAUGACAGGCAAAUAACACAUAGCAGUGAUUCUCAAAGUAUGACAUGCAUCAUAAUACUUAGAGGGCUACAGAUUGCUGGACCCCACCCCUACAGUUUCUGAUUCAGUGUUUUGAUUUCCAAGAUUUCUCCUUUUCAUAAUAUAAACAUUUAAGGAUGUAAAACUUUCUAUAAGGGUUUUUUAUAUGUUUUCAUUCAGGUAAAUAUAUUUUCUCAUUUUAUUUAUUCAACCCAGGGUCAUUUAAAAUCGUCAGCUAAUUGUGAAUAUUCAUACAAUUUUCCCAUAUUUUUCUUUGAUAUUAUUUCCUAAUUUAAUUCCAUUAUGGUCAGAGGAAAUAAUUGUUAUGAUUUGAAUCCUUCUAAUUAUGUGGAUUUUUGACAUAGGAUAUAAUUGUUAUGAUUUGAAUCCUUCUAAUUAUGUGGAUUUUUGACAUAGGGUAUAAUUGUUAUGAUUUGAAUCCUUUUAAUUAUGAGGAUUUUUGACAUAGGAUCUUGUCCAUAAGCUACUGUCAUUUGGUAAGUCUUCCAUGCUUCCUUGUAACAUAUGCAGAUCCUGUAUUGUUUGCUAGGAAUGUCAGGUUAAGUUGGCUGAUAAAGCUGUUCAUGUUUUCUACUCCUUCACUGAUUUUUCUGUCCCCAUGUUCUAUUGAUCAUUAGGAUAUUGAAAGCUCAGACUAAAGUGUUGUGUUUGUUUCUUCCUUCAGUUCUAUGAAGGUUUUGCUUCGUGUAUUUGAAGUACUCUUGUUAGUGCAAACUGUUAGGUUUAUUGUAGUCUCUUGAGGGUAUGUCCCUUUGCCAUUUGGAAAUGAUCCCGUUUGUACCUGUUAAUACUCUUUGUGCUGAAAUCUUUUUUAGUUGAUGAUAAGGAUCUCAGAUUUCUUUUGACUAACUUUACUUUUUAACAUGUUUUUGUUUUAAUCUGAAUUUCUUAUAGGCAACUUUAGGGCUGUGUGCUGCUUUUUAAAAAAUCCAAUUUGACAGUGCCUGCAGUGUUUAGAUAAUUUUCAUGUCAUGUAAUUAUUGACGUGAUUGGUUUUAGGUCUCCCAUGUUGCUGUUGGCCUGCUAUUUGUUCUUUUUUCCCCUCACUUUCACCUUCUUUUGGAUUGAGUAUUAUUCAUGAUUCUAUUUUAUGUCUUGAUGACAUUUGUGUCAACUCUUUCCACUGCAUCCACCCUUUGGGGCACUGUCCCGGUCCCUACCCAUCUCUCUUUUUGAGACAGUCUCUCUCUAUUAUGUAGCUCUGGCUGUCCUGAAAUUUACUGUGUAGACCAGACUGUCCUCAAACUUACAGUACUGGGACUAAAGGCACAUGCUACCAUGCUUGGACAGCCCAAUCUCCUUUAAAGGAAGGCUGUUGUAAUUUUCUGAGCAUUUACAUUUAAUAUAGCAGUUACAUAGCAGAUAAAUUAUAGAAACAAUAGCAUGAAUAUAUCCAACAUUUGGAGGAUUCCAUGUAAAAUAUAAAUAAACGUGAGGCAGUUAAUCCAUCUUAUAAAGCCAUUAUAUAUACCACAAUAUUUUUAUAUUAAUAUGGUUAUUUUCCCUUUGCCUACCAUUAUUUGAUCUUUAUGAUAAGCUUAUAUUAAAUUGCUUAUUAGAUUGAUUUGUUAACUUCUCAUAUCAGUCAUUUUCCAUUGAUAUCACAUCUUGAACAAACUUAAAUUGCUCAGUACAUAUAAUUAUCAAUGCAAUCAGUGGCCUGUUUAAUGUACUUGAAUUUCAUCAGCAAUGCUCACCUUCUAACGUAGGUGAGCUAACAGAGAUAUAGCACAGUUGCUUUAUUCCACAGGUCACCCAGAUAACCAUUAUAUUCCCCCCCCCCAAAUAAUGAGCUCUUAAACAUGUGCCAGAUGUUCUUAGGGAAAAGUGGUAUCACAAUUCAGUCAGAUUUGUUUAUGUCCAGGUUCCAAGUCAGUAUAUUAGUUUAUUUGAGCUGUUGUAACAAAAUACAAGACUGCAUGGUUUUAGCAACAGAAAUAGUUUUGGAGGUCACAGGUCCAAGAUCAGAGUGUUGAUAUAUUUGUGUAGUUUUCAGAGGUCUCUCUUUGACUUGACUUCCCAUGGUCUUCCCCCUGUAUGGAUGUCCUUGGUGUUCCUUUGUAUGUUCAGAUUUUCUCUUUGUAUGGGCUUUAGUGAGAUUAUAUUAGGGCCUAUUUAAUGGCUUUGUUUUAACUAAAUCACUUCCUUAAAAGCCCUAGCUCCAAUAUAGUCACAUUCUGAGGUAUUGGGGAUUAGAACUUCAAUAUGGAUCGAGGAGGCCCUUAAUUGUAACAACAUGCUUGUAACGACAAAACUAGUCAUCUUCGGUCAAUCCACAGGCUUUUACUGAGACUGUUUCUAUAUGUGUUAUGAGGCAGGGCCAUUUCUUUUCUGUAUUGUUAUCACUUUUUAUUUUUGAGAUAGCAUUUCAUUAUAUAGCUCUGGUUAGCCUGGUGCUCACUAUGCAGACCAGGCUGGCCUUGAACUCACAGAGAUCCACCUGCUUCUGCCUCUGAAGUGGUGAGAUUAAGGGUGUGCACCACCACUCCUGGCAGGGCGGGUUUCUUAUGGCAAAUCUAAGGGCGUAGUUUAGAAUUAUUUCUACUUCUGCUGUGAAAUCAGGUGCAACUUCCUUUGCUCCAUUCUUGGGGUGAGAGCAAGCAGUGCAUAUUAAUGUAAGUUGUUUUGACCUUCAAAGAAUGUAUAAGUUUGGAGGUUUAUAGGAAUUCCACAAGUAUUGAUAUGUCAUUGCCUAUCACGAAGGGCUAUUGAUUCUUAUCUGGGACAGGCUCCAGCUGUUUUAAAUUGGUGUAAAGACUCUAUUUGCUCAUGAUGCAAGCCUUUGCCCAGCUGUGAGUCGUAACACUGUCCAGCUUGAUUCAGGAAUCUGCCUGACCCACGUUGCUAAAGCCUUACUGUCUUUCCAGACUGAUUCCUUUCCUUUUCCUGUUUUCUGGGAGAGUGACCCUUCUACUCUUCUAAUACACUUAACUCACCAUUUUCUUUUGAAUGCUAUUCAUUAAUAGGAAAUUCACUUUGCUCUAGCAGUCACACUACUGAGUAUAUAAGUAGAGAGAAUAAAAUUAUCAUGCUGAAGAGACAUCUGCACUCCCAUUUUCAUUGAAGCAGUAUUCUCAACAAUUAAGAAUAGAAACAGCCAAAGUGUACAUCUAAUGAUGAAGGUAUAAAGAAAGCAUAGUACAUUUAUACAAUGGGAUACUAUUCAGCCAGGCAAAGGAAUGAGUUUGUGACAAAAUUGGAUGGAACUGGAGAUUAUGUUAAGUGAAUGAAACAAGCCAGCCACAGAAAAACAUACACUGUAUGUAAGUGUGUGGAAUCUGGAGACAACUGAUCUCAUGCAGGUUUAGAGUAGAUUGCUUGUUACCAAAAUUUGGGGAGGGAUGGCUGAAUGAGGAAAGGUUGAAUAAGGGUCAUUAAGUUAUAGUUACUUAGAUAGAAGAAAGUUCUGCUGUGCUAUUCCAUAGUAGGGUGUCUGUAUAUCAUCCAUUAAUGUACUAUACAUAAAAAAUUAGAAGAAAAUAUUUUGUUAAGUUUUUACUAUAAAGUAAUAAUGAGGAAAAAGAUAAAUGUGAUUUAACUAUUACACAAUGUGUACAUGUACAGAAAUAUCAUGGUAUCCCAUUAAUAUGUACAAAUUUUGUUUUUAUGGAUCACUUAAAUAAAAUAAAUGAAAAAUAA